AUGGAGAGAAACAGAGGAGAACAGCUGGAAGAAGCGGAGACCGCGGUGAAGGAGCAGAAACCAAAGCCGACGGGAAAAGUCAGCCAGUCUUCCCUUUGUGCUAAACCAAGUGUCUCAACUUCUGAAUGUGCCAGUCUUCUCCUAACUGUCAAAGAGUUACUGAAGAAUUACCAGAAGUGGAGAAUUGAAUGCCCAGAAAUAAGUGCAGAUUUACGACCAGCUUCUGUUCUUGGUCUUUUGCAUGUUGGCUAUCAUGGAGUCCUGAGAUCAAGGGACCCACAUGGAAGCAAAGUUCUAAUAUACAGAAUUGGACAAUGGGAUCCCAAGUUAUUUACAGCAUAUGAUGUGUUUCGUGUAAGUCUCAUCACAUCUGAACUCAUUGUAAAGGAAAUUGAGACUCAGCGGAAUGGAGUCAAGGCUAUCUUUGAUCUUCAAGGGUGGCGAUUUGCUCAUGCGUUUCAGAUCAGUCCAGCAGUGGCCAAGAAAAUUGCUGCUGUGCUCACAGAUUCCUUUCCACUAAAAGUACGGGGUAUCCACUUGAUUAAUGAGCCUUUAUUCUUCCACCCAGUCUUUGCUCUAAUUAAGCCUUUUCUCACUGAAAAAAUAAAGGAGCGGGUGUAUAUGCAUGGAAGUAACUUGCAGAGUCUGACUGAGCACUUCCCGGUCAGCAUUCUCCCACAGGAAUAUGGUGGUGAGGAAGUCUCCAUUGAAGAGCUGGCCAAGGAAUGGACUGACUUUAUAAUGGCAUCUGCAGAUUAUCUUCAGAACAUUUCUCUGGUUGCCCGAGAAUAACCUUAUUACAGUAUUAUAUCAGUUCUUGAAUACUGGAAGUGGACAUAAGUUUAAUAUGAAAUCUUUCAUGUAGACCUGUAAUUAUUGUAAAUCAAACCAGUAUGUCUUUGCAGGGCACUGAAUAUUAUCUUGACUGCACUUCCAUACUAACUGGAGUCUAUUGGUACGUCUGAAGAGAUUAAUGAACUCUACAUAUUUGCAGCUGAUUAACUUGUAUGCCAAAAAACUGAAUAGUGCAUUGGAUGUCGGAAAUUGAUACUGCUUGUGUUAAGUCUUUGGAGACAACUCAUCUGUAAUAAUGUAGUCCAUAACCUUAGGCUUGGUUCUUCAAGGCCAGGUUGGAUGGGCCUUUGAGCAACCUGACCUAGUGGAAGGUGUCCCUGGGGCCCAUGGCAGGGGGGUUGGAAUUAGAUGAUCUUUAAGGUCCCUUCCAACCCAGACCGGUCUAAGAUUCUAGAUCUUAGCUUGUCUAGAUAAUAGGGUACAAAAAAGAACAGAAUACGAAUGGGGUGGACUAGUUUGUUGCCAAGUAUGACUACAGGGCUAAUCUACAGGGAGUGAAAAGAGGCUGCUUUUUGGAUUAAUUCUCAGGGAAAAGAGCUGUUUGUUAGCUGCUGUGAAAUUGAAAAUUAGUCAGCAAUAGUGAGACAUUUGUGUUAAUCUUUGUGCUGCCUUUGCAGCUUCCCUUUUUGUGCUAAUUAAUACAGUAAUCUCCCAGUUUUAUAGAGGAAGAAAGGGACAACACCGUGUACCAGUUCUUCAAAGGUAUGAAUUGGGAGGAGGAACUGUAGAAGAGUCAAAACAACUUUGAAAAUUCUGAUUUUCUUUCUUCAAAGAGGUACUAUCUAUGGACAAGCUACAAGCAACUCCAAUUAUCAUCACCUUUGAUUCUUACUGUAGAGCACUACAGAGGUCAAGAGCUCUUGGCUGUUUACAGUAUCUGUUUUGGAGGGUGAAGUUUAUCCUUUGUGGAUCUGAACUUUAGAAAUAUGUUGUGUGGUUUGAGGGUGCUUGUAGGUCACUUUGGACCUCAGCAUUGGAGAUGCUGGGUAUCUUAAUUUGAUUUUCAAAAAAGUAAUGAGCAACUUGCCAGUCUGUCUUGUGAUGUGGAAGAAACAAUUUUUAAUUUCCAUUGAGCCCUCCUCUUUAUUUCUGUAGGGGUAAUGGGAAAAAAAAAUGUCUAUACUUGCUGAGAACAGAUCACUUUAAGGGACUUUAUUCAGAUGUAAACACUGCAUGUGUGAAAGCUAUCACACUACAAUAGGAAUAGCAUCCUGCAAUACCCAGUAUUUACUAAUCUAAAACACUGUUGUAGUUUUUACUCAGCUUUUUGUUAAAAUCUUUGUUAGUACACCCACUACUAGAGUUCAUUUACCCAAGUUUUAACUCUGCUUUGGAAUAAGCCAGGGGGUCUUUGUGUAAGCACUAUAUAUUUAAGCAUUCCAUAUGAAUCUUUUUAUAAAUGAAUCCAUAGCAAGUGCUUUGUUUCUCAGGUAGCUAGAAAUGCUAACUUAUUUCGGAAUCUUUAGGACACUGGGAUGUUAUAUUAAUAUAUGUUUAGGGGAGAGAAAUGAGACUGUUAAAUCAGAAAUGUCUUAUUUUAGAUUAUCAUUAAUAUUGCAUUAUUGCAAAAGCCAUUGGAAGCUAUUCUUAAUUAGCAAGAGGAACAUCUGUGAAGGGCUCAUAGAGUACCUGUUGGUUGUAGUUUCUUCUGCUGUGCUAAGGUCAAUGCCAGAUAGAAAAUUCUUUCAAAACUGAUGAGGACUUUAAAAUUAUUUUUUUCUUCUAAUUUACUCAAGUGCAUUUUUCAUUCUUCUCUUUCAAGAUAUCUUUGAUAUAAAGCCUAAAUUUAAAGAAAUAAUUUUCAGAUACAUUUUUGUAUUUUCAUAUGUUUCCUAUACCUAUCUUUUUUUUUCAGAUUUAAACUGUUUUGUCAUAUAAAGGCUCCUUAAAAAGAGAUGUUCAGUGAAGUGCUAAUUCUUCUUUAUAAGAAAAUAAGUAGUCAGGCAUCUGGCAAUUCUUCAAGUGUGUAACUCAAGUUUCAAAUCAUUUAUGAACUGGACAACUGAAGCUAUUGUCUUAAUUUUAUGCUCCUUCAAUUUUAAUCCUUGAAUGUAAAUGACAUAAAGGAAUGAAGUAUGUUUCAGUGAACUGGAAAAUUUAGAGUUUUCCUAUGAAAGCAAUCUCUAAUUAUUACUGGCUUAUGUAGCAGACACCUCAGUUGAUUCCAUAUGUGUAUGCACAAAAUGCAGCUGGCUUUUUUUAAAAAUCUUUAUUUGGACUACACCAGCCUUAUUAAUAUCAAGUUCUGAACAUCUUAAAAAAAAUAUCCUGAAUCUAUUAUUAAAUGGUAAUGUGUAUGCAUAACAAGAGUUAGAGCACUGAGUACAGUUAUUUUUUCAUGAACCGUUAAUUUUGGAUGUUUACAUGUUAUGUAUAAGGUACAAACUCUAUGUAAGGGACGAUUGUAGUUGCUGCUAAUAAUAAGGACACAAGGUAGUUCGAAUAUUUGCAUAAUAAAUAGAAGAGGUAUUGGUGGGGGGUGGUGUGGCAAUUUUGAGGUUCAGGGUCAACAAAACAGAAAAGUAAAAUUCUGCGUGCAUUAUUCUCUGUAAGAAUAGCAGGAGUGCCUCUAAAAAAUAAACCUGUUCAAUGAUGGUGCAAAUAUAAUGUACUACUGACUAUAAGCACAAUGUAAUGCACAAUGUUUUUAAAAUUUUUUUACCUAUUAACAUCAUUGAAUCAAUAAACUUUUUUUAGUUGCA